UCUCUCGGGGCCGGCUCGGGAGUAAAGCCGCUGGAGCGGUAGCUGCUGCCGCCAGUCUCUAGGCAUGGCCAUGGCGUCCCCGGCUAUCGGGCAGCGCCCCUACUCUCUACUCUUGGACCCUGAACCGCCUCGCUAUCUACAGAGACUGGGCAACCCAGAGCCACCGCUGCCGCCCCAAAACCGGUCUUCACGCCGCUGCGCCCCUGCGCCCCUCUCCACUGCGCCCGGGGCGCACGAGGGGCGCGGCUCCCGGAGGGCUGCCCGGGGCGACCUGGAGCCCCAAUCUCGGGCCUCCCGACCCCCUCGCCCUCUUCGGCCUGGUCUGCAGCAGAGACUGCGGCGGCGGCCUGGGGCGUCCCGACCCCGAGACGUGCGUAGCAUCUUUGAGCAACCGCAGGAUCCUCGAGUCCCAGCGGAGAGAGGCGAGGGACACCGCUUCGCCGAAUUAGCGUUGCGGAGCGACCUCGCCUGGUGUGACCUGUGCGGCCGAGAGGUUCUGCGACAGGCGCUGCGCUGUGCUAACUGUAAGUUCACCUGUCACCCGGAGUGCCGCAACCUGAUCCAGCUGGACUGCAGUCAGCAGGAAGGUCCUGCCCGGGACAGACCCUCUCCGGAGAGCACCCUCACCCCCACCUUCCACCAGAAUGUCAGUAAACCUGCAGAGGAGCCCGAGCGAGCGCCCACGCUGCAGGAGAUCAAACAGAAGAUUGAGAGCUACAACAGCCGGGAGAAGAACUGCCUGGGCAUGAAGCUGAGCGAUGACGGCACCUACACGGGUUUCAUCAAAGUGCAUUUGAAGCUGCGGCGACCAGUUACAGUGCCAGCCGGGAUCCGGCCCCAGUCCAUAUAUGACGCCAUCAAGGAAGUGAAUUUGGCGGCCACCACGGACAAGCGGACAUCCUUCUACUUGCCCCUCGAUGCCAUCAAGCAGCUGCAUAUCAGCAGCACCACCACGGUCAAUGAGGUCAUCCAGGGGCUGCUCAAGAAGUUCAUGGUUGUGGACAAUCCCCAGAAGUUUGCACUUUUUAAGCAGAUACACAAGGAUGGGCAAGUGCUCUUCCAAAAACUCUCUGUGGCCGACUGCCCCCUUCACCUGCGCUUACUUGCUGGCCCCGACACCGAUGUCCUCAGCUUUGUGCUGAAAGAGAAUGAAACUGGAGAGGUGGAGUGGGACGCCUUCUCCAUCCCAGAGCUCCAGAACUUCCUAACGAUACUGGAAAAAGAAGAGCAGGACAAAAUCCAACAACUGCAAAAGAAGUAUGACAAGUUUAGGCAGAAACUGGAGGAGGCCUUACGAGAAUCCCAGGGCAAACCUGGGUAACCGGUCCUGGCAUCCUCCCCUCCUGACGCCCUCAGAGUCAUUUUUAUUAUUAAUUAUGAUUUUACCAUGGACACUUUUUCUCA